AUGUCUCACAAAUUCGAAACUUUGGAGAAAUUCAAGGAGUUUCGAAUGGAAGUUAAGGAACAAUUAGGUAAGAGUAUUAAGGCCCUUCGAUCUAAUAGAGAGAACAAGUAUAUAGAAAAACACAAGUCUAUUAGUAAGAUUCUAUUGGAAGAGGUGUUAGAACAUGGUUCAAACAAUCCAGUUCCAAAUUUCUGCAAAGAAUCGGACAUUCAUGACUUGGAACCUCUUACAAAACCAAUGGUUGCUAAUGAGUUAAGUGACCAAGUGAUGCUCACAGUAUGUCAUGGACAAACACAACCAAAGGUAGUAGACAAUGAAGCACAUGUUGUACCUCUACAUGCCCAUCAUAAUAAGCAUAAUGAGGAGGAUGCAAAUGAACGUCAAGAUAACAUUUUCAAUGGACCUCUUAACGAGAUCAUUUACAUGAUGCAACCUGAGGGGUUCGUGAAAGAAGGCUAUGAAAGGAAAGACCAGAACAUUGGACAGAGUUAUGACUCUAGAAAGUCCACGUCGGGUUCAGUAUUUACACUAGAAGGUGGAAUCGUGGUAUGGAGGAGUAUCAAGCAAUCUUGUAUUGCUAAUUCCACUAUGAAGGCAGAAUAUGUAGCCACUUGUGAAGCUGCUAAAGAAACUGUAUGGUUCAAGAGUUCUUUUUUUGUCCUUGACGUAAUAUCUUUUGUAAUAGAAUUUAUAAUACUUUAUUAUGAUAAUAGUGCUGUUAAUUCAAACAUAAAGACCCAAGGACUAAUCGGUGUGGUUCCUCUCUUGGCCCUUAUAAAGAGCCCCCAUGCUAGUGAUAAGACAUGA